CUGCACUACGGGACCCUCCUGGGCAGCAGAGCUUGUGUCCACAUGGCAGCAGCUGCCUGGGGCAGUGGGUUUCUCUAUGCUGUGCUGCACAUGGCCAAUACAUUUUCUAUACCACUCUGCCAGGGUAAUGCCCUGGACCAAUUCUGUGAACUCCCCCAGAUCCUCAAGCUCUCCUGCUCAGACUCAGAGUACCUCAGGGAAGUUGGGCUUAUUAUAUUAAGCUGUUUUUUAGUUUUUGGUUGUUUUAUUUUCAUUGUGCUGUCCUAUGUGCAGAUCUUCAGGGCUGUGCUGAGGAUCCCCUCUGAGCAGGGAUGGCACAAAGCCUUUUCCACGUGCCUCCCUCACCUGGCUGUGGUCUCCCUGGUUGUCAGCACUGCCAUAUUUGCUCACCUGAAGCCCCCCUCCAUCUCCUCCCCAUCCCUGGACCUGGUGGUGGCAGUUCUGUACUCAGUGAGACCAGACUGGAACUAG